UUAAAAAAAAUUUUCAUCAUUUUUUGCCUUCCUCUAAACAACUAUGCAAAAUCUAAAUACAUCAAUUGUUGGAGGAGAGGAAGGAAUUCACCAACAAAAACUUCCUUUUUUUCAACAAGCUUCCGAGCCAACUCCUCUUUUAUCUUCACAAAAUUGGAAUGAAAAUAUAAAUAUUUGUCAAAAUUCUCAACUUUUUCAGAAACAAGAAUUUAAUCAAUUUUAUGGAAUUGUGCCCUUCACCGAUAUUUCAACAGAUUUUCUUCAACAAAAUCAACAAAUUUAUGAAGAACAUAAAAUCCAAACACAAAAUAAUUCUGUUCUACUCGAUUUACAAACAAAUUCUUUAUCAGAUCAAUUCUCCUCUUACAGUAAUAUGAUUGGGGAAAAUGACAAUUAUUUAACACAACAAUUAAAUAGUAUACAAUCAACACAACAAAAUGAAUUACUUUUAAUAACAACCCCAACCUCCUCCUCUACUUUAACUUCAAAAUCACCAACAGAAUUUCCAUUAUAUCCCCCAACAUCCUUAAACAAUCCAAAUUUUCUUCUUCAACAAUCCUCCCCUUCCCUACCUUUAACUAAACAAUUUUCGUCAUUAGAAUUUUCAGAACAACAAACAAAAAUAUUUAAUAACAACAACAACAAUAUCCCCCAAUUUUUAUCAAACAAUUCAAAUAUAAAUUCAACAGAUAAUUUGUCUAUUUCGUCAAAUAGAAAAUCAAAUCUUGUAAACACAAAGAAGUCGCUAACUUCACGUCGUUUAAAUGGAAGUAUUCAAUCUAGUACAAGAAAACGUCGAAGAGAAAGAUUUAAUAAUACAAAUCAGUUAAUGUGUGAAACAAAACAAUUAAAUCAAAUAUUAAAUAUUGAUGAAAAUAAUGAAAAAGAAAAGGCUUUGUUAUAUCAACAAAUUGGGCUUUUAAAGGCAAAUGAUAUGAUAAAAGAUGUAAUAAAAUCAGAACAACUUGUUAACACCCCAACAGCAAUAAAUGAAGAGAAUAAAACAAAUAUCCCACCAAUAUGCAUUCAUUGUAAGGAACAAAUUCAAGAACCAGAAAUGCUUUUAUUAAAAAAGAAGGAAAUAAAAUUAAAUGAAAUAAUAUCCGAAAAUAAUUUAAAUUUAAAAGAAGAAAAUACUCAACAACAAAAACAACAAUUUUAUCACUUAAAAUGUUUAAAUUGUUCUGUGUGUAAUUUAGAUUUAAAAUCAGAAGAUAAAUGUUUUGUAAACGAUAACAAAAUAUAUUGCUGUAAUUGUUAUGGAAAGUAUGCAAAGACGAUGAUGGAGUCCUUUAAGGACUCGCUAAAGCACUCCUAG